AGGAACCACACCUGUUUGGAAGCAUCUGCUUUCAAUAUACUUUGUAUCCCUCAUUUACUCAAAUGUUUCCACUAUUUUGGCAUUUACCUGUUUAACCAACUGUCGUGAAAGUGCGCCCACUUAAUUAGGCGUGUCGCAGUCUAUCUGUAUGGCCUAAUAGCCUACGGGGGUGUUCGCUCGGGGAACUGGCAGAUAGUCCUACCGCGAGCAAGAGAUGGGGAACACGGUAACGAGGGAUGACUUCGAGUGGGUAUAUACGGAGCAACCGCACUGUAGUCGGAGGAAGCAGAUAUUAGCCAAGCACCCGGAGAUCAAGUCCUUGAUGGGCCCUGACCCCCAGCUCAAGUGGGUGGUGACAGCCAUGGUCCUAACCCAGGUGCUCUGCUGCUUCCUGGUACGCGACCUCAGCUGGAAGUGGCUCAUCUUCUGGGCCUACAUGUUCGGUGGUUGCAUCAACCACUCCCUCACGCUCGCCAUCCACGACAUCUCGCACAAUGUGGCCUUUGGGAAUAAGGACGCUAUGCGCAACCGCCUUUUUGGCAUCUUCGCCAACCUACCAAUUGGCGUGCCCUACUCCAUCAGCUUCAAGAAGUACCAUGUGGACCACCACCGUUACCUGGGUGGCCACGGACUCGACGUGGACGUCCCGACCCACCUGGAGGCUCAUCUUUUCAGCUCCCCGGCCCGCAAGAUCCUGUGGCUCUUCCUGCAGCCGCUAUUCUACGCGCUUCGUCCCCUGGUGGUGAACCCCAAGCCUAUAGGCAGGCUCGAGCUGUUGAAUUUAAUGGUACAGCUAGCAUUCAACGCUUUCAUAGUGUACCUCUGGGGGCUUAAGCCUCUGGUCUACCUGAUAGCAGGUUCGCUGUUGUGCAUGGGACUGCACCCGAUCUCGGGGCACUUUAUCGCCGAACACUAUAUGUACCUGAGCGGGAUCGAGACGUACUCGUACUACGGGCCGCUGAACUAUAUCACCUUUAACGUGGGCUACCACAUGGAGCACCACGACUUUCCCAGCAUCCCCGGCAGCCGCCUCCCUCAGGUGAAACAGAUGGCUCCAGAGUUCUAUGAUGAUUUACCACAGCAUGACUCAUGGACACGGGUGCUCUGGGACUUUGUGUUUUGUGAUUCGCUUGGACCUUACUCCAGAAUUAAACGCACCUUCCCAUUGGCUAAGCAAGACUAAGAGCCCAUGCUCUUGAUCUUCUGACCAAUGAUCUUCCACAAAAGCGGCUUGACAACCCAGCUGGCGGGGAGUGAAAGGCUUCUCAUUACUUGUCCAGAUCUUUUACUCUGCAGACAAGACCGGUGUGCUGGUGUCACAUUCAACUCACCAGCAUGAAAAGACUCUUAACACUUUUGAAUGUUAUGUUACCUUAGAUAUACUGUAAACUAUGCUAUCCAGAUGUAUUGUAUAAACUGGGUAGAAUAAAAGGUACUCAGCUGAUUGUGAUGUCAUAGAUCAUUUAUGAAUAAUUGAUCAUAAAAAAUAUUAUGGCUGUGAUGGUAAAUCUAAAAAGUUGCAGUUGUGACGGUUAGAUUUGAUUUUAUUCUGUCCUUCCAAGCCCCCAGAAAAGCCUUCUAUUUGUACAUUCAGUUCCUGGGUCAUGUUCAUUAUGCACCAAAUGGGAUGAACAACCUGAACUUGUCCAAUAACAAACACAUUUUUGUUUUGUUGCAAAAUGUUUGUGUGCCCUAAACCCAUCUUGGAUUAAUGAUUCACUCAGACUUCUCAUUCCUAACUCACAAUAUUGAACUAACUUGUUAUAGUAUUUAGUAAUUGUUAUGGCUUACUGGCUCGAUCUUCUAGAGUACAGAUGUUACCAUUUUUCCCUGAUCUGUGUUGCAAUAAGUAAAUAUGUGCCUAAGCUACAA